AUGGCAGACUCUCAGUCGAAGGCCAUGCCAAUUGCGAUCAUCGGAAUUGGUUGCAGGUUUGCAGGUGAUGCUACUAGCCCUACAAAGCUCUGGAAAAUGCUAGAGAACGGAGAGAGUGCCUGGAGUGAGAUUCCAGCAUCUCGCUUCGACAUUGAGGGAUGGUAUCAUCCUAACCAUGAGAAUAUCAGUACGACGAAUGUGCGAGGUGGUCAUUUCUUGCAAGAAGACCUGGGCUUCUUCGAUGCCCAUUUCUUUGGUCUCUCCACGGAGACAGCCUCUUAUCGACUUCUUCUUGAAACAGUUUAUGAAUCUUUGGAAAAUGCGGGGCUGGCUUUAGACCAAAUUGCCGGGUCCAAUACCUCCGUUUUCUCCGGCGCCUUUUUUCAUGACUACCAGGAUGGCCAUAUGCGGGAUGCAGAGAACCUGCCACGUUUCUUGAUGACUGGGAAUGGAGCCGCUAUGGCAUCAAAUCGCAUAUCCCAUUUUUUCGAUUUUCGUGGGCCGAGCAUGACAAUAGACACAGGUUGCAGCACUACACUCACUGCGUUGCAUCAAGCGUGUCAAAGCCUUCGAUCGGGGGAUGCCGACAUGUCCGUUGUCGGGGGCUCUAACUUGUUGAUCAAUCCGGACUUUUUUGUCACAAUUUCUACUCUAGGAAUGCUCUCCAAAGAUGGCAAAUCAUAUUCAUUUGAUCAUCGCGCAAAUGGGUACGGGAGAGGGGAAGGAGUCGCAGCAAUCAUAUUGAAAAGAUUAGACGAGGCAUUGAUAGCAGGUGACCCAAUCCGAGCGUUGAUCCGAGAGACGCAUCUCAAUCAAGAUGGCAAGACUGAAACUAUCACCUCACCCAGCUGUGAAGCUCAGCAAGAGCUCAUUCGUGAGUGCUAUCAGAAGGCCGAUCUUUGUCCCUCUUCAGUGCAGUACUUUGAAGCACAUGGCACUGGCACGCCUACCGGCGACCCCAUCGAGGCAAGUGCAAUCGCAGCACUCUUUCAGAAGGGUAGACCGCGCGAUCAACCACUUUUCAUUGGGUCUGUCAAGACAAAUCUUGGCCACACCGAGCCCACAAGUGGCCUUGCAAGUGUGAUCAAGGUUGUGUUGGCACUAGAACGGCAAGUGAUACCCCCGAGCAUAAAUUUCGAAAAGCCGAACGAGCGACUAUUGCUAGACGAAUGGAAUAUGAGAGUUCCGCUACAGUGUACAGCUUGGCCGAUUGGUGCAGAUGGUGUUAGAAGAGCAUCUGUGAACAACUUUGGCUACGGUGGAGCGAAUGCACAUUUGAUUAUGGAGGGUUGGCAGCCGGUUCUCCACAGGAGCUACGGCAAUGGAAACUCCGUCACGCCUGGAAACGGGCAAUCCAAAAUCUUCAUCCUAAGUGCAAAAGAUGAGAAGAGUUGUAAAACGAUGGCUUCGAAUCUGACAGCUUACCUGCAAGAUAACGUUUCGGAUUCCAUGGAUCAUGACUUAUUCGACAAUCUUGCAUUCACUCUUGGUGGUCGUCGCACUCGCUUCGCCUGGUCGUUGACUACUCCGGCCUCCUCCCUUUCAGCGCUUGCGAUGGUUCUUGGAAACGAUAAGCUGUCCGCAACGCGUGCCAGUGCCCGGCCAAGGAUUGGGUUUGUUUUCACCGGUCAAGGUGCACAAUGGUAUGCCAUGGGGAGAGAACUUCUCGGCGCAUACCCACUCUUCAAGUCUUCCAUACUCGAGGCUGAAGGUUUCUUGAGAGGGUUUGGCUGCAAGUGGUCACUUUUGGACGAAUUGCUCCGGGAUGAAGAGACGACAAAUGUGACAGACACUUCUUUUGGUAUGCCCCUUUGCGCUGCGAUUCAAAUCUCGCUAGUCCGCCUGCUCGAGGCUUGGGGAGUGACCCCGACCGCUGUAUCGAGCCACUCAAGUGGGGAGAUCGCAGCAGCAUAUACUGUUGGUGCACUCAGCUUCCGCUCCGCUAUGGCCGCAUGUUAUAGUCGCUGUGAAAUCGCGUCGGAGUUGGACGAUGCACGUGGGGGCAUGAUGGCGGUUGGUCUGAACGCUCGAUCGGUGCAGACCUAUCUGGAUGGUAUCCGCGGGGGCGAGGCAAACAUUGCAUGCAUCAACAGUCCAUCCAGUGUCACGGUGUCCGGGGAUCUGGGGGCGAUUGAGGAGCUUGAGAUUCUGCUGAAAGAGCACAACAUCUUCGCCCGCCGCCUCCGCGUUCGAACGGCAUUUCACUCCCAUCACAUGCAGCCUUUGUAUGAGCCAUAUCUCAGCAGUAUGCAGGAGAUCAUGGAAGAUGAAAUAAGGGACUUGCGCCCGAUAAUUUACGCAUCGCCAACCACCGGCACGAGGAUAACGGACGCCGCUCAACUCUCGAACCCCAAGCACUGGGCAGAUAGCAUGGUUCAGCCGGUGCUAUUCCAAGAUUCAUUCUGUCACAUGGCCCUGGAUCCAAUCAGUGGCAGAGCAGACAUCGAUAUCGCCGUUGAAGUUGGUCCGCACGCCGCACUUUCUGGUCCUAUCGGAGAUAUCCUUGUCACAUCCCAAUUUCGAGACACGGACAUAUCAUACCACUCUUGUUUGGUUCGAAAUCAAGAUGCAGUCGCAACUAUGCAAUCCCUGGCAAGUCAGCUAGUCUCCAAGGGGUAUCCUGUUGAUAUCAACCGCGUCAACUUUCCAACGGGCGUAGAAGGCCUAUCUGUGAUCACAGACCUUCCCUCUUACCCCUGGAACCAUGAGAUCCGACAUUGGGACGAGCCUCGAGCGAAUGUCUCUCAUCGGUCUAGGAAAAUUGGAUAUCACGAUCUUCUUGGAGUUCCCAUCAACGGUACAAAUCCUUUCGCUCCAAGCUGGAGGCAUGUCAUUCGACUGUCGGACUUGCCUUGGGUUCGGGAGCAUACCGUUCAAUCCAACGUGAUAUAUCCCGGAGCAGGGUACAUCUGCAUGGCCAUUGAGGCUGUCAGUCAGCUUGCCCAAGGGACCAACCAAGUCUUCUCAGGCUAUCGACUCCGAGAUGUGGACAUUCUGCAGGCCCUCAUAAUUCCAGAAGGACCAGAGGGGGUUGAAGUUCAGCUCAACAUCAAGCCCGUCGAUUCCAAGGCCAUUGGAAUCAGAGGCUGGAAUGAGUUCAACAUAUUUUCUGUGGGAAGACAGGGCUGGACUGAAUACUGCAGAGGACUGAUCAGUACUGGGGAAAUGUAUGCCCGCGAAGAAUGGUCUGAGUUGAGGCAUUUCCAACGCAUCGAACCAGAAGACGUGUUCUCAGCCUUGAGAGCUAAUGCCAUUUAUCAUGGUAAAACAUUCCAGAAUUUGCAAUCUGUGCAAGUGGGUAGUGAUCAGGCUAUGGCAACUCUGGUCAUUGCAGACGUUGCAUCCACGAUGCCGUCCAACUACCAAAGAACCCACGUUCUACACCCGACUACUUUGGACUCGGUGUUUGUCUCCGCUUAUGGAGUACUUCUAGGAAAUCACUCGACUUACACUUCAAUGGUCCCCAAGACUAUCAAAAAUCUUUGGCUAUCUCACGAUAUCCAAUCCCGGCCGGGUCAUCAGUUCGAAUCCCACAUCCGCCUCCUUCGUGCAGACCGCAGGACUUUUGCGUCCAAUAUCUUUCUCUCUGAUUCAACUGAUUCCGCUAAAAAUCCUGUUCUGGUCAUUGACGGGUUCAUUUGCCAGUCUUUAGGGGGUGCGGCUGGUGCGGCGGAGUCUAACCGUGAUGACAUAUGCAGUGUGGUCAAGUGGGCUCCCGAUAUCUCCUACAUGGAUUUGGGGUCUCUGAGCAAGGCAAUUGGUUCCUCUGCUGACCCUAAAGAGGGAGACGUGAUUCUUGAUCUGAAACGAGCCUGCUUCCACUACAUUCAAGAAGCAUUGUCGUGCUUGAACUUGAAAGAGAUACAGCAGCUGGAGUGGCAUCACAAGAGGUUUCACACUUGGAUGAAACUACAGGUGAACCUCGCUCUCAGCGACGAGCUGGCCCCUUUUAGUUCAGCGUGGAUCAGGGACGGGGAUGAAGAGAAAGCACGCCUUUUCAAACGUGUUGCCUCGUCCAGCGUGAAUGGCGAAGCCGUGUUUCGCUUGGGAACUCGUCUGAUCCCUCUCCUGACAAAAAUGGUAUCCCCGUUGGAGCUUUUGAUGGAAGACAAAUUGCUUCACAAAUACUACCGUGGAGCGCUCAAAUUUGACCGAUGCAACGUGCAUCUCGCAAGGAUAGCAGAACACCUCAUCCAUAAGAAUCCGCGCGCCAAAAUUCUUGAGAUCGGUGCGGGCACUGGCGGAACCACGCUUCUGAUUCUCAAUGCCAUUGGAAACGGCAAGAAGUGCGGUUGGGGUCCAUAUGCAUCCGAAUACCACUUCACUGAUAUCUCGUCCGGUUUCUUUGCAGAAGCUCAAGCUCAAUUUGCGGACUGGGGUGCGAUUAUGACUUACCGCAAGUUGGAUAUUGAGGUCGAUCCUGAGCAGCAAGACUUUGAGUGCGGCGGCUACGAUAUUGUCGUAGCUAAUCAGGUCUUGCACGCAACCAAAUCGAUGGUAGCCACAAUGACGCACGUCCGCCGUUUGCUCAAACCAGGUGGGAAAUUAUUGCUGAUGGAGAACACGAAAAACCAAAUGGAUAUGCAGUUUGUGUUUGGCCUAUUGCCUGGUUGGUGGCGUAGCUCAGACGGGCGAAAGAUGAGUCCCAUCCUUUCCGCGGCUGAAUGGGAUACGAUUCUUGAUAAAACGGGGUUCAGCGGGCGCGACCUGGAUGUGCACGACUGCGAAUCUGAGGAGUUUUAUACCAUGAGUGUAAUAAUGGCAACGGCGCUUCAGGCUAAACCCGAGAUUUCAAAAUCUCCGCCCAUCGUUCUGAUCCAUGACCUGAAUUUUGCUUGCCUCGAUGAUCGGAUGGGAGUUUUACAACACUCCAUUGCCGCUAUCACCGCUCCGGACUUGGUCAGUGUGACUCCCCUUGGUUUGGUUGACGGCACUGGCAAAAUAUGUGUUUUCCUCGGUGAUCAUGGAGACUUUUCUCUUUCAACUUUGAAAGAAAAUGACUUCAAGGCUAUCGUUCGCCUUUUGACUUGUUGCAAAGCCCUGCUUUGGGUCACCACUGGCGGGGUCAUUGAAUCCGAAAGGCCUGAAAGUGCCCUCAGUCUCGGGCUUCUACGGACACUUCGCCGUGAAAAUUCGACAAAGACAUAUGUAUCACUUGAUACCGAGACACGAGACAUACCUCGAUGGGCUGCAGCCAUCACCAAGGUUCUCGCUAGUAUCAUUAAUGGUCCAAACAUACCAAGUCGCGACUUCGAGUUUGCAGAGCGCGAUGGUUCGAUCCUUGUUCCCAGAUUGGUCAAGGAUUUUGAUCGAAAUAGGUUUAUCGCGAAGGGUGUCGAAGGGGUGGUUAAAUCCUCCCCAUUCCUUGCAACAGAUCCGAACCUAGCCUUGAAACUGGAGGUUGACUUCCCCGGCCUCUUGGAGACAUUGACUUUCAAGGAGAUUGCGCCGCUAGAAGCUGCAAUGACUCCGGAGCUGAUCGAAAUCCAACCGAUGGCCUUUGGCCUGAAUUUCCGAGACGUCAUGGCCGCAAUGGGUCAGCUCAACCAAACAGUCAUGGGGUUGGAAUGUUCGGGCAUUGUUACUCGUGUUGGCACUGCCGCUGCGUCCCAUGGCUUUGCCAUCGGAUGCCGUGUCAUUGCACUCGUCGAUGGCAAGUACCAAAACCGGAUACGAAUUCAUUGGACUGCUGCUUGUGUCAUGCCCCAUUUCGACUUUUGCACCGCUGCAUCGAUUCCAAUGGCAUUCGCGACGGCUUAUAUUUCUUUAUACGACACUGCAAAGAUUUGCAAACACCAGUCUGUUCUGAUUCAUGCAGGGACCGGUGGCGUCGGACAAGCUGCAAUCAUACUUGCUCAGCAUCUUGGAGCUGAGGUGUAUGCAACUGCGGGCUCUGUGGAGAAGCGCCAAUUCAUCACGUCUGAAUAUGGGAUACCACAGAGUCAUGUCUUUUCGAGCCGUGACCCAACAUUUGCGACCGAACUGAUGUCAGUCACGGGGGGCAAAGGUGUGGAUGUCGUCCUCAACUGUUUAUCAGGUCAACUUCUUCAAGAAAGCUUCAAUUGUUUGGCUGCGUUCGGUCACUUUGUCGAAAUUGGAAAGAUUGACUUGGAACAUAACAACUAUCUUGAGAUGGCACCAUUUACUUCUGUCGCAUCCUUUUCCUCUAUCGACAUUCUUGCAUUGGUGAGGCUUGGUAGUCCAGUCAUCCAUCGCGCUUUGACUCGAGUUGUCAAUCUUCUGCAGCAAGGAUUGAUACAUCCUGUUAAACCUGUCAAGGUGUAUCCUGUUGCGGACAUUGAAGAGGCAUUCCGCCAGAUGCAGGCGGGUAAGCACAUGGGUAAGAUUGUCUUGUCGGCAGAGGAUUGUUCUAUCGAGUAUCUACCUCUCAAGCCAACGUUGAGGCUUCGCCCAGACGCGACCUAUUUAGUCACUGGUGGAGUUGGUGGUAUUGGAAGAUCAGUCGCUACAUGGCUCUUGACGCACGGUGCCAGGAGUCUGAUUUUGAUGUCCCGAAGUGCCACCAGCGGAGCUACCACGAAGUCAUUCGCGGGUGAUCUUGAGGAUGCGUACCCUGGAUCGAAGGUCCAUCUAAUUGACUGCGACAUUUCACAAAUGUCCGAAUUGUCUGUCGCCCUGGAUAAAUGCCCAGAUCUCCCCCGAUCCGUGGCCGCUAUGGUGCUUCGCGAUUCUAUCAUUGAGAACAUGGGCUUGGAUGAUUACAAUGCUGCCAUUUUUCCGAAGGUUCAAGGAAGUUGGAAUCUUCAUCAUCACCUCGGCAAGGAUCUGGACUUCUUCAUCAUGCUAUCCUCUUUGGCAGGGGUAAUUGGCAACCCAAGCCAGUCAAAUUAUACAGCCGGAGGGGCAUUCCAGGAUGCCUUGGCCAGAUACCGAGUGAGCCAGGGCCUGCCAGGAGUAUCUCUUGACAUCGGCGCCGUCAAGAAUGUGGGCUAUGUUGCAUCAAAUAGAUCUGUUCACGACAGGCUGGAGCGCUCGGGGUACAGACUACUUGAAGAGAGCGAAAUUUUAUCGGCUAUUGAGUCGGCCAUUAUCUAUCCUUGUCCUCAGAUUGUGGUCGGGAUCAACACUGGAAGGGGUGGUGACGACACAAUACUCAGUGAUGCGCUUUUUGAUGCGCUUCGAUAUAUCAAACCAGCGAACAGCAACACUGCCACCAAGCCUUCCUCGUCCCCUCACGCUCUGUCUCAUCAACUAACCUCUGUAUCUUCGACAGAAGAGGCCUCUAGGGUUGUCUUGCAAGCACUCGCUGAACGACUAGUGGAAAUUUUCUUGAUUCCUAUCGAAGAGGUUAUCGAUUCAAAAUCCAUGGCAGAUUUUGGCGUUGACUCUCUUGUUGCUGUUGAACUGCGAAACAUGUUGGCUGUGCAGGCUGGCGCGGAGAUUUCAAUUUUCGACAUCAUGCAAAGUCCAUCCCUCGUAGCCUUGGCUCAUACCGUCGCUGCAGCCAGUACCUUCGUGGCAUAG